AUGGAUCAUUCAAAAGUACCUGUUUUUAAAAGACCUACUAAAUUACCAACAAGGGAAGAAUUAGCAGCGAUAUUCACUUCUCCUAAACAACGAAAGUUAUCAUCUGAUUCAACUCCAAGAAUAAUUGAACAAAGUCAAGUAUCAUUAAAUUUACCGCUGUUGACGCCAACACAAAAGAAUAUCAACACAAGUUCAAAUUCAAGUUCAAGUUCAAGUUCAACAACAAGAUUUAUUCAACCACCACAUUUACUUCCUCCUAAUGGUCCAAUCAAUAAUCCAAUUUUAAAUUCUGUACCUGAAAAUAUUAUUCCUAUAGUACAUCCACCAGCUAUUGUAUCGGAUUUUUUCAGUGAUUUAACAACUGAUUUGACAAAUAAUAAAUUAUCAAAUCAAAUUAAUGGAAUUCUUGGUAAAUUCCCCCCACCAAUACCACCCGAAAAUCCAUCAUCAUCAUCAUCAUCAUCAUCAUCAUCGUCAUCGUCAUCGUCACAACAUCCACGUUCAGCAAACAUUGUUUCUGAAGAUUUUACUUUAGAACGAGGAGGAAUGAUGGUUCCAUUUAUAUAUCCACCACCACCAAUUGUAAAUCCUAAUCAAUUACCUUAUUCUUUAGCUUCAUAUAAAGAAAAAUUUGAUAAUUUAUACUAUCAACAACAACAACAACAACAACAAACACCGAUUAAACCAUCUAAAGGAAGACCUCAUGGGAAGAAAAAAUCAAAAACCCCUGAUUCUUUUUCAACGACAAUUAAAUCUCCUUUAUCUGAUAACAACAACAACAACAACAAUAACAACAAUAUCACUAAUGAUAAUCAAAUAUAUGUUGAAGCACCACCUUUACCAUUCCCUCCACCAAAUUAUAUGCCAUAUCCAUUAUCAUCAGAUAAAUCCACAUUAACUCCUUCAGAAGUAUUUGGAGUUUUUUUAAAUGCAAAUUCUCAAUUACCAAGAGUUGAUAUGGUUGUUGCUAGUGCAGCAGGAUCAUUAUUUGAUAUGAAAUCACUGGCAAAUAAAGAAGGAUUUAAUAUAUUAGAUUAUGAACUUGGUAAAUUAAAUGGACAUAAACAUAAGAAACAAAAAAUUGGAUUGAAAGGAUUUGAUCAAGAAGGGACAAAAAAUGAUAAUGAGAUUGAUGAUGGAAAAAAUAGACAAGAACAAGAUAAUCAAGUAGUAGAAGAACAGGAAAAGGAAAAGGAAAAGGAAAAGGAAAAGGAGGGAGGAGAGGAAGAAGAAGAAGAAGAAGAAGAGGUAGACGAGGAUACGAGAAAUGAUAGUGAAACAGUAGAGGAAUUAGAAGAAGGAGAAGGAGAAGGGGAAGGAGAAGAACAAAAACAGAAGAAUAAUCAAGAUGGAGAAAUUGAAGAUGAUGAAACUUAUUUCCUGAAAAUUGAUACUAAAGAAUAUUAUGAUUUUUAUGCUACUACUGAUAACAAUAAAUCAAAAUCAAUUAUUGAUAACAAUAAAGUUGAAAUCAAUAUGAUUAAUCCAAAUUUUGAAAAAAUAUCUAGUAAAUUGAGUAAUGUGAAAAACAAACCGACAAUGGAACAAACCAUCACCAACAACCGUACAACUGAACUACCAUCACCACCACUACCACCACUAUCACCACCACCAGCUAUUGAUGAUGUAUAUUCAUAUCCUCAAGAAGCCAUUAGUAAUCUUUAUCGACUUGAUAGAAAUCAAUUUUUCCCUAAUAAUCGACAAACAAAAGAAAUUUCUUAUAUAUCAGGAUUAAAUCAUGAAAAACGUCGAAUUGAAUUAUCUAAAUCAAUUGAAAUAAUUGAAGAUUUUGAAAUUCGUCAUCGAGAUGAUUUAUUUAAAGUUAAAAAAUAUCAUUUAUUAAAUAAAUUAAAUAAUUUACAAUCAUCAAAAAUAUCUUUUUCUUUAAUGGAUAAUAAUAAUAAUGAGAAUAAUAAUGAGAAUAAACAAUUUUUAAAAAUUAAAGAUGAUGAAUUAUUAAAUAUAGCUCAAGAUUUAUCAUUAAAAAGAGAUUUAGAAUUAUUACAUUUAAAAUUAUUAGAAAAUUAUGAAUUAUUAAAAAAUUCAUUAAAUUUUUAUCAAAAUUCUCAUAAAAUUUAUAAUCAUUUAAAUUAUAUUUUAAUUAAUAAAUUAGAAAAAUUGAAAAUUUUUUUCGAAAUUCAAAAAAAUUUAUUUCUUGAAUAUAUUAAUAAUGAUAAUAAUGGUAAUAAUAAUGGUAAUGGUAAUAUAUUUGAUAUUAAUGAAAAAGAAUCAAGUAAAUUAUUUAUUGGAAUAUCAAAUCAUGAUUAUUCUAAUGAAAUUAAAGAUAUUUUGAAAAAUUUAAUUGUUAAUGAUAUUCAACAAUCAAAUAAUAAUAAUUCUAUUGAUUCAUUACAAUUACCUGAUUUAUCAUUAUCACCAUCAUCAUCACCACCACAACAACAACAACAAUCAGAACAACAACCAAUAUUGAUACAUGAUUUUAUGCCAUUAAUUACAUCACAAGAAUUUAAUCUUAUAACUGGAGAAUUAAAUCAUAAAUCUUUGAAAAAUUAUGUAACCACCAAAUAUACUACUACUACUACUAAUCAUAAUAAUAAUAUCAAUUCUCAUAAUAAAAGAAUGAUUCUGAAUUCUAUUUAUGAAAAAAUGAUAACUUCUGGUUCAGAUACAAAUUUAAGUGAUAGUGGAUCCAAUUCAACAACAACAACAACAACAACAACACCUAAUACUUUUAAAGGUAGUAAACGUCGUGGUGGUAGACGAGCGGCAGCUACCACCUCCAACAAUGCAACCACAACUGGUACUGGCACUGGUAAUAUUAAUGAUAAAACAAAUCAAGGAAUUAUUAAUGGUGGUAGUAGUAGUGGUGGUAGUAAUUUUAAAGAAAAUUUUGAUCAUAAAUAUAGUGAAGCUACAUUAUUAGCAAAAAUAAUGAAACAAUUUUCUGGUCCUCAAAUGGCUAAAUCAGAUGAAUUAAAUCAUGAUUUACAAUUAAUGGGGAUUAAAACAAAAUGGCCAAUAACAAAAUAA